AUGACUUCUUUACCAGACUCGUCAUCCAUUUUGGAGUUGUCCACUACUGCUGCACUUUCAGAAUCUCAGCAGCAUGUAUCCAGAGUCUCAAGCAUCCGAACACACGCUCGAGAACCCAGGAGUGACGAACCGAAGUACCAGGCCAGAAACCGUAUAUUUUAUUGCAAGUACUGCGAGGAUCCUUCUUACGGUUGCCAAAGUAGUACAACCUUUCGAAAUCACCUUCUCAAGAAGCACGACAUAUACUUCGAACACGAGCCUCGCCGGGUUGAUGCCGCUAGCCUGCUCAGCCUGCAAGCUCUCUACGAUCAAGCCGCUAUUGCCAACCAGACUUCAGAGCUUGACUCCCAAAUCUUCAAGAAAGUGCUACAUAAAGAUGUGAUUACCGAGGCGCUUAUCUCAUUGAUUACCGUGCAUCGUUUGCCCUUUAGGCUGGUCGAGUCGGACGAGUUCCAUACAUUCUGUAAAGCAUUAAAUCCCCAAGCCACUACUGAGAUAAUCUCGUCCCAUUCCGAAGUCAGAAAGAAGGUGGCUAGUUCAUGGCUCUUUCAAAAGGACUCGGUACGGAAAAGGCUUCAGUCAGCGCUAUCCAAGAUUCACAUUUCUGCUGAUAUUUGGACAUCGCCGAGCCAGAAGCUCUUCCUUGGAAUUUGCGCACAGUUCGUCGACUAUGAGACAGAAAAGCUCUCUAAAGCACUUCUUGCCCUUCCUCUCAUCCUGUCCCACAGUGCUGAGGUCCAGUUUGAAACAUUGUUCUCGAUUCUCCAGGAUUACGGCAUCUGCCAGAAACUCGGCGCUUUCGUUGGCGAUAAUGCCUCUUCAAACGACAAGCUUUGCCGGACAAUGAGCUCGGCGCUGCAAAAAGAGGGAAUAUCUUGGGAUGCAAGUGCCAAUCGGAUCAGAUGCUGUGGCCAUGUCAUCAACCUCGCUGUUAAGGCAUUCCUGUUUCAGGAGGUAGAACAGGAAGAGCAGCAAACUAAAGACUUGGAGCAGGACAAUGUGUCGAAGAGACGGGAUGCCUUUCGGAGUCUUGGGCCACUAGGACAGCUUCAUAACAUUGUCGUCCAUAUCCGCGGGUCGCCAGCUCGUAUGCGACAGUUCACCGAUCUAGCAGGCCGUGCAGUUCCUCUUGAUAAUUGUACAAGAUGGAAUAGCUGGCAUCAGAUGCUGCAGGUUGCAACGGAAAAGUCUGCAGACAUCGAUUCCUACUCGAAGCUGUACUUUGAGGAUCUUAAGAACGAUUACCUUUCGCCGCAAGACUGGGAACGGCUUCGGGCUACACUGGAAUUUCUCAAGCCAUUCCACCGUGCUACCAAAGCGACAGAGGGUGACGCCGCCACGAUCGACCGGGUCCUCUUCACGAUGGAUAUUAUUGUGCAGCAUUUCAAGACAAGCUUUGACAAGUUUGAGUCUGAUCAGUUCUUCGGCCCUCGCAUCAUGAGGAGCUGGCAAGCCUUUGACAAGUAUUACCUCAAAACAGAUGAUUCGCCCUAUUAUGCAGCAGCCAUGAUUUUCCAUCCAUCGCGCCGAAUAGGAUACCUGAAGCAUAACUGGGACAAAAAGUGGGUGCGGCCAGCUAUUCAAGCUGUCAAGCAGCUUUGGUGCGACUUUAAAGCCCAAGAGCACAUUAGCCUAUCAGUUCCUCACGACGAAUCGGUGCGCGCCACCAUGGGUAGCCCGGAAGCGUUUGACAUUAUUGCUGAGAGGCUUCGGAACUUUCCACGACCACAGAGCAAGGAUGAAUAUGAGGAGUACACCAGCGAGCCUGCCAUCCUCAUUGAUAUUCCUGCCCUUGAGUGGUGGCUAGAUGCGCAGCAACGCAAGCGUUGGCCGAAACUCUCGCAGCUUGCAGUUAAUGUGCUGUCAAUUCCUGCGAUGAGCGCAGAGGCAGAGAGGGUAUUCUCAGGGGCGCGGCGGACUAUAUCAUGGGAGCGGAUGAAGCUUGGGGAGGACACUAUUGAGAAGGUAGAAUGUUUAAAGCAUUGGAGGAAAAAUGGAGUGGCGCGCGGAACAGACAGUAGUUAA